AGCUACCUUUAUAUUCUACCCAGAAUGCCACAGUUGAUAGGACAGCUACAGUGGUCCACCUGAACCAACAGGAGAGGAUUAUCAGCGAGUCCCAGAUGUUAAUCAUGGUGCAGAUGAUUAAUGACAUGGAUGAAUUGAAAGAGUUGUUAACGGUUGCUGGGAGCAAGCUGGUGGUGGUGGAGUUCUCAGCGGCGUGGUGUGGCCCCUGUAAAAGGGUUGGCCCUGUUUUCCAGGCGAUGUCUUUAAAAUACCAAAACGUCAUGUUUGCUAAUGUGGACGUGGACUCCUCUAAGGAAUUGACUCAACUCUGUCACAUCAAAGCAGUACCCACAUUUCAGAUGUUCAAGCACACCCAAAAGGUCACUCUAUUCUCAAGACUCAAAAGAACAUUGUGCUGUCUCAGAAGUGGAAUGGAGGAUGGGAAGAUUUUUGAACUUCAUGGAGCGGAUGUUAAAAAACUGGAAGAGAAGAUUCAAGAGCUGAUGUGAGCCGCCACCCAAAACCAAAUAUACCUGGGACAUUUCCUAAAGUGUCA